CACCGAGGGAGACCUCCUUGUCCCUCUUCAACCUCCAGAAAACAUCUUGAACUUUCCAACCCCUUACCCUCAUGGUCCGUCUGCUGGUCGCAUUUUAUUCCUCAUUUGCGAUGAUAUGGAUUCUGCCCUCCCUGCGGCCCUGACGCGUGUAAGGCGCCAUGUGGACACCAUAUAUCACACGCUCCUGGCUGCGGACCACGGUCUAGGCAACCUGGGUUCCGAACUCAGGCCGCUUCUUCGUUCUCUUUCCGGGAAACUUCACUCCACGUUGCUGCUUUCCGAAGAGCUGCUCGCGACUUCAUCAUGCCGGGACCUUAAGGACCCUCAGGACCCUCAGGACAAGACCCAGGGCAACCGAGCCCACCUUGCAGCCUGCCACUCUGCCUUGGAUGGCUUGUCCAGCCUCCUCAACCGCACCCACGGCCCAGUUGAUGCUGCCGACUCGUCUGCUUCUAGUCUGGUUGACGUCUUCCAGACCUUGAAAAUCCAGCUCGAUCUCGCUUCGCACGCCAAAUCGCUCCCAGCUCUCGAGCGGUGUCUCUCCACUAAGCCAUCCCCCUCCCUCUCACCGUCCGCAACCUGCCCUCGUGACUCGUCCAAUUCGGAUCAGAUUCAUGGCCCCCAGACUUACCAGGAAUCCCUCGAUGCCUUCUCUCGCGCACUGGAGAUCCUCCUGGACCCUCAGUUCAAUACGCGAAUCAGCAGCUACCACGAGUAUUGUGCAACAGUCAAGACGAGGGCGGAGAAUUGCCACGAGUACAGCAAGAGCGCCAUCGUGUGGCCGGGCUAUGCCGAAGUCUUCUGGCCUCAAUGCAAGCACCUCGUCACGAAACUGUUUUAUCCUGACAAGCCAUCCAGCUUCGAGCACUGGGUCCUGGAGUAUUGUCGCCAACAAUGGCCCGACGUCUACGGGGACCAAGCCCUCACCCCAACGCACACUCUUCAGCUGAUGUUCACCGUCACCGAAUCUUCUUCAUUCUCACCCCUUCACGCCGCCGCCGCCCUCGGCCUGGCUCAGCUUUGCGAGCACCUCAUCGAUCUCGGCGCAGACCCUUUGCAGUACAGCCCCAUCGGCACCCCUUUCUACUGCGCCCUCGUAGGUCCCAAGGCCUUCUUGGCCCGCACCGAGAAUCCCACCCUCCUCGUCCAGUUGCCUUGCAGCAGCGUCGCGCAAGCGGAGACCAUCGAACUCUUCACCCGUCCAGCCAUAAUCCGCGGCAUCCGCGAGACGGCCGUGGGUCCAGGUCCCGCCCCCGCGGAGCCGUUCCCACUGGCCACACUGUCUUUCUACACCUGCCUCCGCCUCGGCAACGGCGAUUCGUUCCUUCGCAUGGUCCCGCACCUCGAGCUGGAUGAUUCUUUCUGGGACAUGCUCAUCUUUUUCAACUUUGAGGAUUUUCCUUGGGUUAAACAUCCGUCCAAAAGGGCCUGGGCCUUCCUGAAUUCCGUACUCCCCUGUCUUUUCGACUUUCACGUCGCCCGAUACGACGAGCUCCACAGGCCCUCCAUACUCAAAUAUCUCUUGGUCGUCAUGCGCAAGUGGGGACUGGACAUGGUGAAGGAGAAACCUCGCUACUGUCGCCGCAUCGCCGACAUUGACGACGCCGAUUUUCGGGCGCUUGUCAGAAAUGCCGUCCAGCUGCAUGAGCGCGAAGUGGUCUUCCGCUUGAUCCGAGACCCUCGGUUUGAUCCCAACACCCAUGGUCCCGGCACUCGCGAGUCCCAGGGCACUAUAUUGCACAUGGCAGUGGGGGACGACCAUGUGGCGCUCAUACGUGACAUUCUGGACGCCGGCGCGGACGUGCAUGUUCGGAACCAAGGGGGCCAGACGCCGAUCCUAGCAGUCGAGUCGAUCGGGGCGCUCGAGCUCCUGAUCCAGCACGGUGCCAACACCACGGAUACCGACGCAGAUGGCUACAAUAUCUGGCACAUUGCCGCUGCUAACAACGACUGCGAUCUUCUCGAGUGGCUCCUUGCCAACGACCCAAAUGGGCAGGCGAACAGAGCAGCCUGCAUGAACUCGGGCUAUACUCCGAUCGCCAAAGCCAUGACGUUCCCCCUCCAGGACCUGAGGUCGAUGGAGGCCGAUGGGGGCCGCUCUAGACGCCGUCCUCCCUACGCAGCUGCUCUGCUCCUCCUCGAGACGUCCAAAGGAAAGCCGUCUUUUGUCCGAGCCCCGGCGUCCGUGCAUCUCCCCCAAGUAGCCGCGGAAUGGGGCAGCCUAGAGCUAGCCCAGGGAUUGCUCGAGGCCGGUCUCGACGUGUUCGGCGCCGACGGCGAAGGCAACUCGGCACUUCACAGCCUCAAUUUUGCAGCAACCGAAGAAUUGGUCGCUUUCCUUCUGUCAGGCGGACCUCCCGAGAUCAACGCACAAGGGAAGACGCCGGCAGAGACCAUCUUCCUCGCUUACAACAAUGCCUACUCCCCUCAAGCUCUUGCGCCCAGGUCCAGCAACUGGCUGAAGGUCGAUCUCGUGUUCACAAGAGCUUACAUGCCUGAGCUGACGGAACAUCCCGCUUGUGCACGGGCUCUGGACCCUCUCGCGUACGAGAGGCUUCUGACCCCUCGUGUGCUCGCCUCUCGAGACUCCCAAGGUCGAGGGCUCUGGGAACGAUUCAUGUCCGACAUUGUCUUCCAGUGGGCUUACUUGCCGCCGUGGAUAGUGAGGCCACACGUGGCCGACUCGCUCGUGACCGCCGUCAAGUGCCUCGUCAAGCACGGCGCUGCGUCGGCCUUUGAGAGAGAGAAGGGACAACGCGCCCUGGAGCACUUCCUGGGCUUGGUGGCGCGGUGGCCUUUCCGCAGCGCGUCGCACACCCCCGAGGCCUGCUUUGCGGACAUGGCCAAAGAGAUUGUCAGUACGACGACUGAUUUCUCACCGCUCCCCAACGAGACAUACUUGGAUGGUCUGCGCACUGCGAUCCUCUGCUGGAAAACCUGGCUGCCUCCCAUCCUAAGGCUGUUCAGUCAACCUUUGCCAGACGACCUCAGAGACGCGAAUGUCCUCUUGUUCAUGCUGGUACGGGAUGCUAUGGGGAAUGACAUGUUUCGCCAGAUGCUGGAGACACUGCCCGUCGAUCGCAAGAUAGGACGUCUCGCUCUCCAGUACCUGGACAUUUACGCCGCGGGCCAUUAUUGUAGCGAGGAUCUUAUUUGCGAAAGACGCAAGAUGAUCCAAUCGUGGUCGGGUUUACAGGAUGGGUUCAGGAGUGAGGACGAGGACGGCGAGGACGACGGCGACGGCGAUGAGAACUGGGACGACGAAAUGGGCUGAUUAUUCCCAAGGCGCGAAAGUCAGUGGGUGUCAUAAUUCUCGUAUCUGCUUGGCAUUAUUUCUUCCUGGAUUAAUGGAAAAUGGGACAACAAAGGGACAGUAAAGGAACGCGUAUCUAAGGAUACGAUCUAUACAUUCUAUACUUUUUGUCACUGAUAAUUCACUGUGUUGACAAAGUUGCUCUGUAUACGAAUUGACUCGCAACACGACCACGAUAUUGCUAGGCUGCCUAGGCCAUUCUCAAAUAGUCAUCCUUCGUCUGUCAGGUCAAUAAACAUAAUGAGAUACCGUC